AUGAUUGAUACACUGUCGAUUGUGAGCGACAGCGGCGUGGUGCUGUGGCAGUGUACAACCCACGAAACAGGGCGGCGUACCAUGGUGAACAAACUGAUCCAGGAAGUGCUGCUAGAGGAUCGUGCGGGUCACGCGCAAUACAACGUGGACGACUACCAGCUGCGGUGGACCUUGGAGAACGACGCCAGGUUCUUCGUCGUCGCGGUGUAUCCCAAGUUCUUCAAGCCGCACUACAUGCACGUUUUUCUGCGCGACAUCGCAACUACCUUUGCUAAGAAAUACGGCAAGCAAACUGCCCAGCAGGACUUCUUUUUCAACACUCAAGGGAGCAGCAAGCAGGUGCCGGCCGCAAACUUGAUGGAGUUCAGUGCGGAGUACGCCGCGCUGCUCGCGAAGUUCAAUGCCAGCGAGGAGGCGGCCUCGCGGCAUGGCGUAGAAGGCGAGGAUAGGGAUGAGGCUGCGUGCAGCGGUAGCAGUAGUGCCGCGGGAGAGGCAAGCAACAGCGUCUCCGCGCAGGAGGACGACGCGGACGACGACGUGUAUGGGGACAGCCCCCAGCAGCCCGCCACACAGAAUGCAGGCAAGGUUAUCGUGACUAAAGAUGGUCGUCGUCUCACUAUUGGCGGCGGUCCUGGAAAGAGCAAUGCAAGUGGUGCAUCGGAGGCGGCGGCAUCCAGCGGCUCGGCCAAGAAGCGUGGCAAGAAGCCGACCAGGUGGGACAACCCCGGGGCCGUUCACGACCCCAUGGUGGAGAAGCAGUUACACGAGAAGAAGGCAACCGAGGCGGAGCUGCAGGCGCAGGCUAGCAUACAGCGCGAGACGUACAUCAAGCGCCUGCCUAAUGGUGCUAUUGCCCCGGUGAAGGAGCGAGAGUGGGAGGGGCAGUCGCGUGGUCGCUUGGCGACGUGGCUGCGCUCCUAUGUCGGCACCCGAGAGGUAGACGCAGAGGACUUGAAGAACAUCAUCCCUGACUUGCGCGAGAAGCUCAUUGCGAAGAACGUUGCCGUGGAGGUUGCCGAGCACGUGUGCAAGUCUGUCGAGGCCUCCCUAGCUGGCAAGCGGCUCGGCACGUUCGACUCGCUCUACAAGACCGUCGAGGACGCCAUGAUGGCCUCGCUGCGUCGCAUUCUGCAGCCGAAGCGCGAGGUGAACCUCUUACGCGACGUGGCCGCUGCCAAGGCCGCCGGGAAACCUUACUCCAUUGUCCUCUGCGGCGUGAAUGGGGUGGGUAAGUCUACGUCCCUCGCAAAGAUAACCUAUUGGCUGCAACAGAACGGUAAUUCGGUCCUCUUGGCCGCCGGCGACACCUUCCGACAUGGUGCGGUGGAGCAGCUAGGGGUGCACGGGCGGUGCUUGGGGGUCCCUGUCUUUCAGCUAGGCUACGGAACCGAUCCUUCCGCCGUUGCUGCGGCAGCAAUGGCGCAGGCAAACAAGCAGCACAUCGACGUAGUAAUGGUCGACACGGCUGGCAGGAUGCAGGAUCACGAGUCUCGCAUGCGAGCCUUGGCAAAGCUCAUCCAUGACAAUCAACCGGAUCUCGUCCUCUUUGUUGGCGAGGCUCUAGUGGGCAACAAUGGCAUCGAUCAGCUGCGCAAGUUCAAUCAGUGUCUCGUGGACUUCGCGCCUGUCGGGUCUCGGUCGCGCGGUAUCGAUGGCAUUGUGCUGACCAAGUUCGACACGAUCGACGACAAGGUCGGCGCAGCGCUCUCCAUGGUGUACGAACUCGGUCAGCCCAUCGUGUUCGUGGGCGUUGGGCAGACCUACCAGGACUUGAAGGUGAUCGAGCCGGAGGUGGUGGUGAGUGCGCUAAUGAAGUGA